AUGGUGCCUCAAGAGGUAAUCCAGGACCAAGUUCAGCAACUUUUACGUAUUAGAGAUCAUAAUGGAGAUCUAGUAUAUGCAGCACGGAAAAGAUUGGAGGAUACUACUAAUGCAAUAGCUGAAGCAGUUGCAAUUGAAGAUGGAAUACAAUAUUGUAAGAUAUUAGAUGGAAUAUGGGAAGUGCCAUGGAGGAUAUCAUUGGUAGUUAAAAGAAUUCAAAGGCUGAGAGAAGGAAAGCAGAUUGGUGUGGCUCAUGUACCAUGCAGUUUCAUAAUUUUCAGGAAGUUCCAUCAACAGACUGAUAUUGGAUUGAUUUGGAGUUUAAAGGCUGGAUCAGUACUACUACAAAGGAUACAAGAAGUGCUAGACAGAAGGUGCAUUGCUAGACAAGGUGCAAGCAUUUUGAUGGAUCAGUAUGCGCAUGAGGAAUUUUCGAAUCUGACGGUCUUUGUGCCGAUCUAUGAGCUUGGUUUAUAUGGUGAAGGCGUGCAAAAAAUUGUUGAAGAGACCAACGGUACUUCUUCUAAUAAGACCAAAGACAACGAUAACAAUAAUAGCGCUGUAGAGGAGAAGACCGACAAAAGCUAUUGCCGAAGAGAUAGAAACGGUAACGAAGAACACGCCGUCGAUGAUGAAAACCAAGAGAGCCAUAGCAGCAAAAAGUCUCAUGGUGACAGCGAAAGCAUAAGAAACAAGGAUAAGGAGAGAGACAGAGACAGAGAUAGGGAAAAGUCAUCGAGGCAUCGAAGUAGAGACCGCGAAUCGGAGAGAGAUAGAAAACGAAGCUCGAAAGACCGUGACCAUGACUGUGAUAGAGAGAAGAGGGAUAAGGAUAAGGAAAAAGAGAGGGAUAGAGACAGGGAGAAGGAGAAAGAGCGAGAUACCAAUCAAAAGAGUGGAGAUCGGGAUAGGGAGUGA